CACCGAAAAACCUUAAGCUAACCCUUCAACUCGAACGGCUUUGCAAGAAAAUAAACAAAUAUAGCACACGAAUUUACACCCGAAAAGCUCAAAGCUUUAGAUGUACACGCUACACAUAAUAUUAAAAAGAAGCGCUCGCCCAAGAUGACUUUACAAAAUUUAAAAUUUAGUAAACCAACAAUCUUCGUCGCGUAAAGACACGAAAUAAGCAUCAAACAGAAGUCGGUGUCGUCUACAAAUAAUUGGUAUUAGGUUAAGAUGAGUACCAUUAUUGCUUUAUUGGCGAUAGCGAUCACGCUAGUGAUUUACUUGUUGAAAUAUCAGCAAUCAUAUUGGCAAAGGCGUGGCGUGCCGCACGAUUCACCCAGCUUUCCGUUGGGCACACUCAAGGAGUGGCGUCGUACGAAGUCUUUGUGUGAAAUAUUCGCACCCAUCUAUAAGCAAUUUAAGGGCACUGGUCCCUUCUGUGGUAUCUACUUUCUUAUAAAUCCAGCCGUUUUCGUGCUGGACCUGGAACUAGUCAAGAAGAUACUCAUUAAGGACUUUCACAAUUUUCAAGAUCGCGGCGUUUUUCACAAUGAAAUUGAAGAUCCACUUACUGGCAAUCUCUUCCAGUUGGAUGGACCACAGUGGAAUGUAUUGCGUAAAAAGCUUUCACCCACAUUCACCUCUGGGAAAAUGAAAUUAAUGUUUCCCACUGUCGUCAAAGAAGCGCAUGAAUUAAUACAAGUAAUGAGUGAGAAAGCUAAAAACGCGCCUGAUAGAAUUUUGGAGAUCACCGAACUGCAAGCGCGCUACACCGCCGAUGUAAUUGGUUCCUGCGCUUUUGGUCUUGAGUGCAACAGUUUGCGCAAUCCCGAUGCUGAGUUUGUGAAAAUGGGUCGUAAGGCACUGACCGAGCGCAAACAUUGCAUUCUAGUCAACACAUUCAUAGAGAGUUAUCCACGUUUGGCACGUAAAUUGAAUUUGCGCUCGUUUACAAAAGAAGUGCAAGACUUCUAUAUAGGCAUAGUCCGUAAUACCGUCGAAUAUAGAGAGAAGAAUCAGGUGAAACGUAAUGAUUUCAUGAAUAUUUUGUUGGAAAUGAAAAACAAGCAAGGCGAAAAAGAUGGACUGUCAAUGGAGGAGAUUGCAGCGCAAGCUUUUGUAUUUCUUAUAGCAGGCUUCGAGACCUCAUCAACAACUAUGGGCUUCGCAUUAUAUGAAUUAGCCAGAAAUCAAGAAAUACAGAAUAAGUUGCGACAGCAGAUCAACGCGACAUUAAAAGAGCACAACAACGUGUGCACCUAUGAGGCCGUACAGCAGAUGAAAUAUCUGGAACAGGUUUUAUCGGAAACGCUACGCAAGUACCCCGUAUUGCCGUUUGUGGAACGAGUUUCAAAGGCAGAGUAUGACACCGGCGAUCCACGCUAUCUCAUCGAGAAGAACACGCGUGUAUUCAUACUUAGCUAUGGCAUACAUCACGAUCCCGAGUACUAUCCCGAUCCAGAGAAAUUCGAUCCGGAACGCUUUACUGAGGAAGAAAUUCAGAAACGACCCGCCUGCACGUGGAUACCAUUCGGCGAUGGACCACGCAAUUGCAUCGGCUUGCGUUUCGGCAAAAUGCAGGCGUUAAUUGGACUCGCAUUACUGAUCAAGCAUUUUAAAUUCUCCUUCGCACCACAGACACCCGCUGAAUUGUCUUAUAACAAAGAGACUGUGCUCCUAUCGGCGAAGCAUGGCAUACAUUUGAGGGUGGAGGAGUUUAAAACAUGAUUGAAUGAGUGUGCUAAGCAGUCGUGGAUCAUCGAGCGCGUUGUACUUCAACAUACAUAGAUAUACCUACAUAAUGAAUAAUCAAUGUUAUAAUAAAAAUUGUAAAUAAAUUAUACAAUAUAUUCUGAAUUUGCGUGUUUUGCGUGUUCGAAAAAUUAUAAUGCAGAUAAUUUGUCAAAAAAUAUUUCGUUAAAAUAACUGCUAAUUACUAAGAGUACUCAACAUGCAAACUAGCAAUUCUCUUUGACUAUAUAUCUAUAAGUCACACGUACUUACUUCGAUUCAUAUUAAAGGGAGUUUGUCAUAACACAUUUUUAUUUUAAA